AUGGGAGGCGCGCUGUGCACGCGCCAGGCUCACGCGAGCAAUGACCGUGCUCUGUUCGUUACCCCUCAGUCUGCCAUUCGAAACUCAGAGAAUUUACUAAGUGACGCUAUGCAGGAACGAACGCAAGUCACCUCCGCUAAUCCUUUGGACACCCUUUCUGUGUCACAGCCACCGACGCUGCAGUAUGUAAAGACAUCUUCGGCGACGCAUAGCGUGAGGUCGCAUGAGGACACCACGGUGCACAGGAGUUCUGCUAGUGAUGGCCAGCACUCUACACUGCACCAUGGCGCGCAGCCCCUGCUUUCCUCAUCCCUCUUGUCCAAUCAGUUGUCAACGCAAACGCCGUCGCACGGGGCGUCGAAGGUAAUGGCGGCAUCCCCAGCAAAGGCGGUGCCACGUUCUGCAUCCCCAAUACCGGAGAUGGAGACGUCCUUGAGUAGCUCGCGUAGCCUCUUCUCCCUGUACUCUGCUGAUAGCUGCUCGGAUGAGUUGCCGCUACCGCCCCUGCAGCCCGCACCGCCUCUGCAAGCCGCAGAAACCAGAGCGAUGGCGUCAGCAACGCUCACGGAAAUACCCAACACUACUGCACAGUACCCCAGCGCCACUUCGAACGCGCCAUUCAUGAAAAAGAGCAUUCUUUCGAACGCUGCCGACCUGCCCAAGGCGCUGCCCGUCACACCGAUGCCCGCGAUGAGGAACCUCGUGCCAGAGAACGACAGCAGGAACAACGGCUGCACCGUGACCAGCAGCCACGACAAGACGCCAGAAAUCGAUUCUGCGCAGGCGGCUCCCAAAGCCCUUUCGACUUGGCCUUCAAAUGAGGCAGCCGCAGCUGCGGCACACGCCGUCUCGAGUGCCUUGCUUGAAGUCAGCUUUGAUUCACGUGCUUUAGCCGUCAGCGAUGCAACCACCUUUUCGGAAAUACAGCGCAUAGCCAACCGACUGCGGGAGUUGCAGGACGAGCGCCAGGUGCUAGGUGAAGCUCUACAGGUGUGUGGUCUUCCAUCCCCAAGUGCCAGUGCCGACAAUAGCGUCGUAAGAACGCAACCCAGUGUUUCAGAAGCCUCAAAAGUCACCAGUGAAGCCCUGCCAGUUGCACCCACGGCACUCCUCGAGUCGUCACAGAGAUCGUUUGAGUCCUUGUCGUCAGAGAGCGUGCUCGCAUCCAGGCAGUUCUACAAUGAAACAGCCAAGUUCUUGAACAGCAUUCGAGAAAUACACGAGGCGGGUAAAGCUGGGCAGGGUGGCUGCGCGUGGUUUCGCUGUGGGGCCGCACCGCCAAGCACGAACAGCCCCAGCGGUGGUGGGUGUGGUGAGGUAGAGACACCGAGUGAUGCUGUGACGCGUACGUCACCUCCACCAGCCGUGGAAGCAGCAUCGUUUUCCGGGACCCAGCGUGAUGAUGCGCCAGUCGGUGGGGCUGUCAGUGACUUGCGUCUCCUCAUUUCGUUGCGUCGGCGUUGUCGCACAUCAACAUGCGUGCGCUGGUUGCCGUUCGAGGUAAGGGAAUCGGACUUGCGAACAGGAUCUGUGAUAACACCAGUGUGCACUUGCGGCGACCAGGCCGCAAAUGCGUUCGCCUACGAUACUGGUGCUACACACAGUUCUGAGCACUUUCCUGUGAAGGGCGUGGACCUCGUCACGGCAUGCUUGCAGCACGUCCCCGAGCGGGGGGCAUCGUCUGUGACCACUCCGUCUGUUGUCGGCAAUUCGCCACUGCCAUCAGGCGUCUCCUUCACCGGCCUCUCCUCUCCGCUCGGCCAGGAUGCCGAGAAGGAGAGCACAGCUAUCCUCAACGACUCCCAAGGGCCCCUCAGCUCCAGCGCCGGCAUCACCACAUCCACCUCUGCGCACUCCAUCUCGAGUGACAAUCUCUCUCUCUGCCCCGUUCAUGCUGCACAUCGCCCUGUCAGUAUUCUCAUCUCCAAAAAAGGGAGGCGAAGCGCAAGCUCCAUUUCCUUUUCCUUGGCGCAGAAACAGCCGCUGAAGCCACUGCAGGUCGCUGUGCCAACGACCGCUACGACUGAGUCGCCCACGCCCAAGCUUGCUUCAGCACUCCUACCACCCUUUGACCUACAGCACCCAACGAAUGACAGACCUACAAGUGAGUCGGGACGGCGGCCAAUUAUCAAUUCUGGUGUGCCGUACCGCAAGCAGCUCGCCAAACGAGCGCUGGAAGACAACAAACUGUUCUUUGAAAUACUGUCGCGACAGAGAAGCUUAUCUUAA